AUGGUGUCGCUGCCUGCCUUAGUGCCCCUGCCUGGAGUGUUGGCGGCGGUGGCGGCGGCAGAGGUCACCACGCAAGACACGCAGGAGAGAAGCACGUUCCCACCCUCUCCUUCCUCUGUCCUUUACUUCCCAUUGCUGUCCACCUCACACUCCUCGCCUCACGGACUCCCCACAUCCCCACAUGCUUCAUUUACCUCCUCGAUGCCUUCCAUUCCUCCCCGUGCCCUCUCUACCUCCACCUUUCCUCCCAGUACCUCCCUACAGCAUUCCAGACCAUCCAGCCUUCUCUCCUCACCACGUCUCUCCCCUAGCAAGAGGAAGUUCCCGGCAAUAGAAGUGAUGCCAACUCAACGUGUGAACCUCAGAGAAUUAACAGGUGGGGGGCGCUGCUGGGAGCGGGAGUGGGUGCGCAUCGUGGGCUUCUCCCUGAUCUUCGUGGUGGGCGUGGUGGGCAACGUGCUGGUGGUGGUGACGCUCCUGCACCACCGCAACCUCCGCUCCCUCACCAACGUGUUCCUGCUCAACCUGGCUGUCUCGGAUCUCCUACUGGGGGUGUUCUGCAUGCCCUUCACUCUCGUGGGCUCCCUCCUGCAGGACUUCGUGUUUGGGGCGCUCAUGUGUCGCCUCAUUCCCUACAUGCAAGCUGUCUCCGUGUCUGUCUCUGUCUGGACGCUGGUGGCCAUUUCUCUGGAGCGCUUCUACGCCAUCUGUCAGCCUCUCCGCUCGCGCCGCUGGCAGACAGCUUCCCACGCUUACAAAGUGAUCGCUGGCGUGUGGGCGAGCUCCCUGCUUCUCAUGACCCCCAUCGCUGCCCUCUCCACCCUCAUGCCCGUCCGUGGCGACCCAGGUCGCCACAAGUGCAGAGAGGUGUGGGCCAGUCUGGAGGCGGAGAGGACCUUCACCAUCCUCCUGACGGUGCUGCUGUUGCUGGUGCCCUUAGUGGUGAUGGCCGCUGCCUAUCUGAGGGUGGUGCGGACGCUGUGGCUCGGCCCACACCUGUCGGGGGCUGCGACGAGUGGAGAUGGCUCCCUCCGUGGCGGAGCAGCGUCAGAAGAAGAGAAUGGGGGCCCUUCCUCGCGCCUCUCCAGAGUCUCAGUAAGGUUCCGGAGGGGGGCCGCGCGUCCCCAACAGGCAGGUCACAGAGGUGGGAGGCAGAGAGCAGCCCGCGGUGGCGGCCGCUGCGGUCGUCCCCAGGCGCAGCGUAGCCUGGUGGCCAAGCGACGCGUCAUUCGAAUGCUGUUCGUGUUGGUGGCGGAAUUCUUCAUCUGCUGGACACCGCUCUUCCUGGUGAACCUGCUGUCUCUCUACAUCCCCCGCCAGGUGUAUGCCGCCCUCGGCAGCUUCGGUGUGUCCCUGGUGCAGCUGCUGGCGUACCUCUCCUCCUGCUGCAAUCCUCUCACUUACUGCUUCAUGAACGCCAAGUUUAUCCAAAGUUUCAAGCUGGCCUUCGCCUGCACCCGCCGUAGACCCUCAGCCUCGCUCCGCGGCGUGGCUGUCGUCAGCAGCUUCCACACCAUGGGCAUCAAUAAUUAUCACCAGGAUCCCCUCCCCUGCGCCGACCUGUGCCGGGACUCUCUUCCUCCUACAGGAACGGCGCCACGCAUGACACAGUCCUGCAGGGCACCGGCGUGUAGUGGUGCAGUGUGGUGUGGCAAGGAGCUGAAGGAGUGUGCAGUAGUACCUGAGCAGGUCUUGCGUGACCUUAAACGAAAGAGCUUGUAUCAGAACUGUCCGGGUGAAGUCUCCUCGUUGUGUCGAGCAGUGCGGAGUAGGCUUUGGUUCAACAGUGGCAGUGUCGCGAGGCACGAGGCACGCUCCAGCAGGCUGCACGGUGGUGAAGUUUAUCCUCGUUGGGACCAAAGGGUCCUUGUAAUGUAGAGAGUGAAUAAUUGCCUCUCGCCGCGUCACCAACAUCAAAGGCGCGUGAGAAGCGGCGUGAGGUGCGAGGCUGGGAAAAGAAUUCAUUAAGCCUGGGGAAAAGUUGUGACACUAAUUGGUACAGUUUUCCCUGAGCUCCAUAAUUUUACUGUGCUGGAAACUUUUUGGUCCAUGUGUCAGCGCGGCCAUGCACACACACUGGAAGACACCGGCGUGAAGCGAGACUCCGCACAGGCUGCGGCGGAGGGAGGCGGUGACAAAGCAGUGGCUGGAGGAGGAACAGGACGGAUAUACGUAAUCUAAACCUGAUGGAUGGGAGCAGGCCAUGGAGAGAGAGAGAGAGAGAGAGAGAGAUGAUGAGAGAGAGAGGAGAGAGAGAGAGAGAGAGAGAGAGAACGUGCAAAACCCUCCGUUACAAGCCUCAUCACAUCAGUAUCUUGCCGAUAACCGUUAAUUCAAUUCCAAUCCCAAAAUAACGAGGCUUUAAAGAUCCACGUCUUUAAAAUUUCAUAUGGUGACUAAAAUAAACUCAUAAUAAUAACCCAA